AUCCCAUUUGUCAUUGUGCUUGCCCAAUCGCCGCGCGUUCCUCGCUUGUUAGGCGUUUAACUUGUAUGACAUUUUUAUUUCAUCAUUAUCAUCCGCCUCUCACAAAUUGGCGCCGGGCUGACGCUCCGCUCCUGUCUGGGACGUGCAAGUUGGCGAGAUUCGCUCACCCCGUUCGCUCGCUCGCUCGCUCCCACUCACCCGCUCGCUCGCUCUCUCGCUCGCUCCCACUCAAGAGCGAGCAAAGCGAGUAACCGAGCCAUGUUCACCGCCCUCUCUCGUCUCGCGAGCCGCGCCACUGCUCCCUAGAACAGCUCCGCCUCGGAGGGAGAGCAAGGAGAGAGAGUAGAGAGAGAGAGAGAGCGGGGAGAGAGAAGAAAGAGGAGAGAGAGAGAGGAAAAAAACAUCCAAGCGAGAGGGAAAGAUCGACAUCGCCGAUGCGCCUUGGACACGCUUUUCUAAGCUCCGCGCUGGCAUUUCUUAUUUAGGCGCUAUUCGUCGCGUGGAGUCGAAUUCAUUUUUUUUGUUGUCUUUACUCCGCACACAGAGAGACCGAGGCGUCGCCACGGGACGAAGAAAAAGAUGUCCGAGAAAGCGACCACGCCGCAAAAUCCCGGCCCCAACAAAGUGUCAUCGUUCUUCAUCCAAAAUCUUCUCAAUUCCGAAGACAAGCCCGCGACCAAGCCCGAGCGCCAGCUCAUCUGUUUCGGAUUCGGCAAUGUGCGCUUCGGCGAGGAGAUGUCGGCUCUCGGGCACGGCGCGGGCCUCGUGGUGGCUCCGUUCGAGAUCCCCAUGCCGAGAUUCGCAAUGCCGCCCUUUCGCCUCGUCGAGAAGUCCAUUGCCCCGUGGCACCCCUACCUCCCGUUCGGACAGACGGAGAGUCCUAGGGGAUGCUCCCCGUCUCUGCCCAACAGUGAUCACGCCUCGCCGUCUCCCUUCAGCGACCGGGGCUCUCCCGGCACCGCGGCCAAUAAAUGCGAGGACGCGGACGGGGGAGACUCGUCGAGGGGCGCCGAUGAGCAACUCACGCUGCACAAAACUGCCGCCGCCGCAGCCGCCGGUGCAACCGAAGACGCAGCAGACGCCAAGGAAGAAUCCAUUGGCGACAGCGGCUCCGAGCGACAACUCGAGACGAGCGGCGGCAGCUGCGGCGGCGGCGGCGGCGUCGAUCUUCUGGAGAAGAAGGGCGGACGCAAGAAGAAGACGCGGACCGUGUUCUCUCGGAGCCAAGUGUUCCAGCUGGAGUCGACGUUCGACAUGAAGCGCUACCUGAGCAGCGCGGAGCGCGCGGGUCUCGCCGCGUCGCUGCACCUCACCGAGACGCAGGUGAAGAUCUGGUUCCAGAACCGGCGCAACAAGUGGAAGCGCCAGCUGGCCGCCGAGCUCGAGGCCGCCAACCUUUCGCACACGGCGCAGCGCCUGGUCCGGGUGCCCAUCUUGUACCACGAGAGUUCAGGGGUCAGAGACGCGGCUGCUGCUGCUGCUGCUGCUGCGGCGGCGGCGGCGGCGGGCAGCGCCCACGUGCACGGCGGGGCGAGCCACUUGACGCGGCCUCUCUUGCAGGGCUUCGCCCACCCGCUGCCGUACAUGCACCAGGCCAUCGGCAGCCCUAUGCCCGUGAUGCGCUCUAUGACUGGCUUAGUGUAACAAACAAACAAACAAAAACACUAUUUUGAACGAGUUUUUUUGUUGUUUUUGUUUUCCAUUGGUAUAUAUUGGAUUUGUGUUUUUUUACAUGAAAUAUUCUGGUUUUUUUGUACUAAGAUGUAAAGUGUGAGAAUUCAAGCGCCCAGCGCGUUGCUUGUAAUGCGCAAGUUGGCGCGUGUGUGUGUGUGUGUGCGCGCGCGCGUGCGUGCGGAGAUGUGUCUACUACUGAGAUGUAAACAACAAAAACAUUGACGUUUGUUAUGCUUGUCUUGUAAGUAUCGCUUACGGUAUAUAUAUACACACACACACACAUUGCACGCGUUUAAUCGACGGCGCGUCUGAGCUAAGAUCGCGUACACGGCACAGUCCGUUUUGUCAACCCGGACCCGAGCUGAGACGCACCGUCAACUGUAAAACAUGUAUGUAAAGUGUUCCAUACACGCUCGGCAUCUUUCGCUGUUCUCUUAACGAUUGUGUACAUAAGGGUAUUUUAUUGCAAAUGUUGGAAAUUGGGAGGAGGGGGUGGGGGGGGAACGAAUGUACAGAUUAAAAACAGAUCGAAUUACAAUAUAUAUGCUGUAUAUUGUCGCCUAUACCCGUCAAACGUUAAUCGCGUCCGUCUAUCGUUCAUUUCUCCCAUGAAAUUGCUGUCCUGUAUUUCUCCACCGCGCUCGCCGACUGAGAGGAAGACGUCGCGUGAACGUCGCGUGAAUACGAACGGAUGUGACAAAGCAAGGCCCGCAACCCCCUUCCCGUCUCCUGCGCGAGGUGUACACGUGUACUUUUUUAAAGAGACACGUGCUUAUUUAUUCGCGUCGCGCUCCGUCAUCGCCAACUCGCCACACACGUGUUUCUUGCCACGACCGUCAAAGCUGGCCGUCCUCAGUCGGCCCCCUACUUCGUAUUUAUUCGCCCCAGAUUGUUCUUAUCGCGUCCGUUUUGUUGGGGAGAUGCGAGCUGCCAGAUAACGUUGCGGAGAGAAGUACGAGCGAAGCCCCAUUAAACGUGAACUUCUGAUCAUUUUA